CUGGCGCAUGCGCAGCAGAGUACAGUCUCUCAGUGGAGGAGGUUGAUCCGCAGAAACACGGAGAGUGGGCUUGCUGUUGUGUCCAGACUCCGUGGGACGAUUCGUACAGAUGUGUUUGUUUCAUGACUUCUCUUGAGGUUGGAGUCCUCAGGGAGCGAGAUGACCGUCCAGACCCGGUGAGACGGUUCCCCUCAGCUGAAGCCCCCAGCUGGGCCUCCAUCCACAUGUUUCUGUAAAAACGUCUUACUCACUUCAUACAAAGAGACAAGCCUCCAAUAUGGACAACCUGAUAGACUUUGACCAGCCGUCAGCGGCUUCGUCUCUCUGCGUGGAGCCUCAUCACCAGGCCCACUCGGACGUCUUCUCCCCCGAGCCGCGGUCGUCCGUCCAUCAGGCCCCAUUCCUACCAGAACCCCUGGCUCCAACCAAAGCCGGCUCCCAGCGUGCGGACGGACACAACGAGGACAGCGACGCCACGGAGUCUGCGGACAGCGAGAACGACAUGGACCCGCCGUGUCUCGACUGGGAACUGAGGCGGUCGUCGUCCUCGUCGGCUCACAGCGGCGAGGACGCAGACGCCGAGGCGGCAGAGAGGAGGCAGUUCAUGAAGGCCUACGUGGAGAAGGUGUUUCACGGAAAGGAGGACUUUGACCAGGAAGAGAAGGCGAGGUUUGGAGAGCUGUGCAGCGGAGAGAACGGAAAAGGCAGGGAAUGGUUUGCCAAAUACGUCAGCGCCCAGCGCUGCCACUCCAAAUGUGUGAGCGAAGCCACGUUCUACAGGCUGGUCCAGUCGUUUGCAGUUGUUCUGUUUGAAUGUUACCAGAUGGACGACUACAGCCCGGCCAAAAACCUCAUGACCAUGUGCUUCACGUAUUACUACAUCGGAAAGUGCCCGCCGUCUCCCUCUGACCUGCUGGACCGCGGUAACCCACAGGCAGGCCUGGACUCGUACCUGAACAAGGCGAACUCCUGGCUGUCGGGGAAGAAAGACGCUGCAGAGCGCCUUCUGAAAAACACAUCGAAAACUGACGUCAAGGGUUUCUUCGGAGGCCUGGAGAGCAAACUGAGGAGCACAAUGGCUCCCAGGUCUGAUGAAGGCACCGUUGAAAUGAAACCCAAGUCACCAGGCUCAGAGGCUCCAGAAGAGAAGAAGGGAGAAAAGAUUUAUCUGUACACUCACCUGAAGCAGCAGCCCAUCUGGCACACGCUGAGGUUCUGGAACGCGGCGUUCUUCGAUGCCGUCCACUGUGAGCGGACGAAGAGGUCUCCGACCACGAGCGGAGCGCAGGACGCAGAGAAAGACGAGAGGGAGAAGUGGCAUCACUUGACCCCGAAGGAGAGAGAAGAAAGCUUGAAAAUCGAUGAGAACAUCACUUUCGGCCAGCUGGGGACUUUCACCCACAACAUGCUGGCGUUCGGACUGAGUAAAAAGCUCUGUAACGACUUCCUGAAGAAGCAGGCCGUCAUCGGGAACCUGAACGAAGAGCAAUACCAGCUGCUGAGCGAACACAUUGAGAAGAUGGCGGCGGAGUGAGUCGGAGAUCAGCGCCGGUUUCCUUCCAGUUCACGUCUGUGUUUAUGUGGUCCAGUGCUGAGAGAUACCAUCUGCAAACUGCUGGAAUAUGAGCAAUAUCAUAUAAACGCACCAUAAAGUCUGCAUCCACGGUU